AUGUCUUACGACCGAGUCCUCCCCAACCCGGCCUCUCUACGCUAUGAGUCUGCCCCAGUAUCUACACUGGCCAGACCUAGCGAUCUCCUUGACCACAAAAUAAUGAAGGACCACCGGCAAAAGUCCUACACGGCUCUGCCACAUCGCCCAGCACCUGUACCUGCCACCGCUGACAAUGCACGAUAUACUUCCGAUAUGCGGCCCAACGGCGUUGCCCAGACUCAUCAGCAUUUGGCGUCGUAUGGAAGAGGUUCCAUGAAUAAGGAUCCUGGUCUUUCGCCGGUGGUGCAGCAACAUGCGAAACCGGGCCCGAUGAUCUCGACGAAGGAUCUGGGGAGAGAUCGGAGUACUUCGUGUUCUGGGAAUUCGAGCCCGACCAAGUCGGUGAAGAGUGAGGGUGUGCAGUUUUGUUUGUGUCAGCCAGACCCGAAGAUUCCCAGGCCUCGUAAUGCUUUUAUUCUGUAUCGUCAGCACCACCAGGCAGUUGUGGUACUGAAUAAUCCUGGCAUGGCCAAUCCGGAGAUUUCCAAGAUCAUUGGAGAACAGUGGAGGCAUCUUUCGGAUGAGGAAAAGAAUAAAUGGAAAGCUCUGGCGGAGGAAGAGAAAAUCCGCCAUGCUCAGCAGUACCCUGCAUACCGCUAUCAACCAAGACGAGUCGGCCGCGAUGGUUCCUCUCGCAACGCUGGCUCAGGCAUCAGUCACAAUCCCUCUGGCAGAUCCACCUGCAAUCGAUGUGGUGGCCGUCUCAUGAAUGCCCCUUCGUCCCCGAUGACUCCAUUCACACCGAUGGUAAGCCAAGGUCACCGCGGGAGUCUUUCAGGUCCAUCAUCCCGUACGCAUAUGGUCACUACCACUGUGAUGACCGCCAGUAGCUCCCAGUGCCGCGACAAGUCUGAUAGAGUCCCUAAACCUAUCCGUAUCGAUCGGAUUGAGCGGCCUCGACAAAGAAGGAUGGAAGAAGACGACGUGAUGUCUCCCGAGAUAAAGCGGCGUCGUCUUUCGCAUACUUCUCUGAAACCACCCAUGCACGCCCAUCGAGACCGCAGUCCCGAUUCGCCAUACCCGUUGACUCCGUACAGCGCAACCGCUAGUGUCCAUCAAUCCCGCAGUAUGCUGCCCAUGGUGCACUCCCAACGAGCAUACGGAGGCGUACCAGGCCAGCCUCAGCCUCAGCCUCAAAUCCAGACCCAACCAGUCCUAGAUCCAAGCUUGAAACUCCCACCUUUGCAAACCGCCAUCCCCUCCACACCACUCACGCCCUUCUCAACGGCCGAGUCCAGCGUCGAAACUGCCGUUAUGACAAUCCCAUUCCUGAACAAAAUCAAGCUCCUCGCCAAAAUCUCUCCUCCUCUCGUCCCGUCAUUCCGCGACAGUUCAGCCCGCGGACCCGUCAUCGCCGUUGACGGCCAAGACCCAGAACUCGUCCGUACUGCGGUAGAGUACCUGCAAAGCCAGCUGCAGAAGGAAGAUAAGUUCAGCGUGCGUGUCUUCGAGGGUCCGGAUGUGCAAGCACCUCGGUCUGCUGAUGCGGGCGGACCUAGGGGUGAUGCCACGGUGGAUUACUUGAAUACCAUCUCCGCCUGGCACCGCAUCUCAGACGAUAUCAUCAGCUUCGUCAAGUCUGUAUCACCUCCAUCCCCCGGAACAGAAACACCAACGAACACCAACGCAGACGCAAACAUGGCCACCACAACUACAACUACACCCGACCAAAACCAAACCCGCACAACCCCAGAAGCCCCCUCCUCCCCAGAAACAAUCAUCCCCAAAACAGCCUCCCUCCAAAUCCACUCCCCCGAAUCAACCUCCACAGACUCAGAAACCUCCAUCGCAAUCCCCAGCACAACAGCCUCCACCCUCGCCCGCGGACACACACCCGCGCCAACGCCCCCUACACCAACCCCCAUCGCCCUCGUACCACGCUACCAACUCACGACGGCGGAUACAUUUGCCUGCAGCGUGCCGAUAAAUGACUCCUACGCACCGCUGGACCACUGGCAGUGGAUGGCGAGUCUGUGGCGUGCGUGUGUGGGGCCUGAUAUCACGGUUCAUGUGCGGGAAUGUGCGAGGGAGGAGGUUGAGAGGGGUGGGGGUGUGGAGAUUAGACUUGCUGAUGCGAGGACGGUGGUUUUGAGGAAGGGGGUUGGUUGUGCUGGUGCUGGUGCUGGUGGGUUUGAGGAGAAGGUGCUUAGGAGGAUGGGGUUUGAGAUUGAGGAUUAUUUGACGCAGUGA